UAGCGUAAGCGCCAAUCUCAUCUUCCAUCAUCCAACGUCCAUAAUUCCCCCUCAGCCACCACUUUCAAUCUCAUCCAUCCAUUCCCUUUACUUCUUUAAUUUAAUAACCCUUUUUCGUCCCUAUUACACUACACUCUCUUUUGCGUUGUUUUGUCGUUGAAUUCUAAGUUGAAGGCCGUUUUACUCUCUCUCUCUCUCUCUCUCUCUCUCUCUCUCUCUACAUUUUCAUCUUCCUCUCCAAAUCUCCGUCCAUUGAAUCCAAAUCCCACCGCAUUGAGCCACAUUAUCAACCACUAUACUCACAAUGGACACAGUGUUGGUGCCUCCUUGGCUUGAACCAUUGUUGAAAACACCAUUUUUCAACAUUUGUCGGAUUCACGCUGAUGCAGCUAGAAAUGAGUGUAACAUGUAUUGCUUAGAUUGCAACAAUGGUGAUGGUGCUUUUUGCUUUUAUUGUCGUUCUUCAAGACACAAAGACCACCAAGUCAUUCAGAUAAGAAGAUCUUCGUAUCAUGAUGUGGUUCGUGUGUCAGAGAUUCAGAAAGUGUUGGACAUAAGUGGAGUGCAAACAUAUGUGAUAAACAGUGCUAGAGUUUUGUUCUUGAAUGUUAGGCCUCAACCAAAAUCUGGGAAAGGAGUAGCACACAUUUGUGAGAUUUGUGGAAGGAGCUUGUUGGAUUCAUUUCGGUUCUGUUCUUUGGGAUGUAAGCUUGAAAGAAUAAAGAAAAAUGGAGAUGCAAGCUUUGCUUUGGAGGGUAAGAAUGAAGGAUUGACAAUGGAAGGAGUGUCAAGUAGUAGAUCAGAAGAAGAAUUGCGUGAAGGCUCAACACAAGAUAUGUAUCCUCUCACGCCUCCUCCACCUCCUUUAAAUGCAAGGAGAAGAAAAGGUAUACCUCAUAGGGCACCUUUUGGUUCCUCAUUCUAAUGGGAUAGGAUUCCUUCUAAACUCAAAAUUGGUACAUAUUCUUCAAUAUUCAAUUUUUUCCCUUGGAAUACAAUACAACCCUAUUUGGUGGGAAAAACCUAGUCAUUAUAUAAUUCUUUUUACAUAAUAAAGGUGAAAAAGAUUAGGAGCCUUUGGAGGGGGUUUUGUCCAAGGUACUUGAUGAUUUGGAAAAGUAAAGGAAAGGGUAUAUAUAUAGGAAAGAAAACUCCUUCUUUUCCGGUUUGGGUCCCUAAAAAAAACAAAUCCUCCCUUGUCAAAGAAUCAAUAAUGCAUAUUUGUUUAAUUAUUAUCUAAUAGUUGGGGGUGUACAUUUCAUUAUUAAGAAAUUAAUUAAUUAAAAAGCAAGUCUUUGUGGAGUCCGUUUUAUAGUUUUCAUUGUCCCACCAUUCACAUGGGCCGUUUACAUAAAGGUAACAACACCUUUUUAAAUAUAUUUUUAAUUUUAUUAAUACGUGUGCAUGUAAACUAAUAAUGAGGACAAAUCAACUUUCAAUUUAUCCUAUUUUAUCGUUACCAA